AUGGCCGACACGAAACCCCCCGCUGAUGAGCCUGUCCCUGCCCUCGAAGGUGCCCAAGGCGAAGUGCUCAACAUGGACGCAUACAAUCUCCCUCUCUGGAAGCGAGUGUGGCGGCACAGUUUGACGCAGAUGAUUCUCCUGAGUGUCCAGGCGUUCUGUGGGCCGGCCAUGGCCGAUGCAAUCACCGGUCUCGGUGGUGGUGGUCUUGCAACUCCCCAUGUCUCGAACAUCGCGAAUGCCAUACUAUACGCUAUGCUUGCAAUCGUCUGUUUCAUGGGUGGUCCUAUCGUCAACAAGAUUGGUGUGAAAUGGGCUUUGGUGAUCGGUUCCAUGUCAUUCCCUAUCGAGGGCUCGGCCUACUACUGCAACAGCAAGUUUGGAAACCAAUGGUACCUCAUUCUUAGUGGCGCUAUUAGCGGUAUUGGAACAGCAUGCUGGUAUGUCGCCGAAGCUGGUGCCAUCAUGACACUCGCUCCUUCGGGCGCUCGUGGAAAGUACCUUGCUUUAUGGAUCGUCUCUCGAAAUCUGGGACAGCUGGUUGGAGGCUCUAUUAAUCUAGCAAAGAACCACGAAGCGGGCGUUGAUAGUGGAGUCAGCCCUGAUACAUACAUUGCCUUCCUUAUCAUCGAGUGCAUUGCUCUGCCAUUCGCGCUCCUUAUUGUUCCAUUUCAAGACGUUGUUCGAUCUGACGGCACAAAGAUUGUCACUUCUGAGACUCUGUCAAUGAAGAUGGAAUUCCGCCAGAUCGCGAAGACUAUGACCUCGAAGCUCGUCGUGCUUUCUUCUGGAUGGGCCCUCUGGUCUUUCUUCUACAGUGGUACCUGGUCUACCUACCUAGGAACGUACUUCUCCGUGCGCGCCCGCGCUCUCUCCUCGCUUAUCUCGCCCUUGUUCUGCAUUAUCGGUUGCUUUGGCCUUGGCUUCAUCCUUGACAUGAAAUCCCUGUCCCAGCGGCGCCGCGCGCAACUCGGGCUGUAUGUUGUUGUAAUCCUUAACAUUGGCGUGUACAUCUGGAGCAUCAUCAUGCAAACGCGCUUCAACUCCAAUAACCCAGGCCACAUUGACUGGUCCGACGGGUUGUACGCGAAAUCGUUCCUGCCAUACUUCUUCAUCCAGACGACGGGCCCGCUCAGCCAGAGCUACAUGUACUGGCUGCUGUCGAGUUUCGCGAGGGACGCGCAGGAGAAUGUGCGCAAUGGCGCGGCCUUUAGGUGCAUUGAGGCUGUGGGACAGGCGAUUGCGUACGGAAUGAAUACGCAGACGACAAGUAAUCCAUUGAUUGGGUUCUGUGUGACGUUUGCUCUUCUAGGUGUUUCGCUGCUUCCGAUGAUUAUGCUGGUCAACACGACGCCUGACCGGAUCCCGGCCGACCUUGUCGCCGAGGAGCAGAGGGCUGCUGAGGAGAAGAAUGCAGCUGUCUAG